UUAUUUUGGCAUUUGACUAAUUAGAUGAGCCCUUGAAUGAUAAAAUGAACUACAAAAAAGAGUCACCCGACUCCAAGACAAAUACAUCCCCAUCUGAACAGGCAGCAAUGAGCAGCCUGGAAGGAUACCAGGGACUCUACUCCGGUUGCCGUGACAAACCCACGAUUACUAGCGAUUCAUCAGACGUCCAUGAGCUCACCAAACAGCCUCUCCAGGGGCUAAAAUUGGCAUCACAUGUAGUGCUGGACUCAGCCCAACAAAGAGGCAGGUUGAAGUGUUCAAAAUGUGGAGGAUCAAGGAUGUUCUUCUGCUACACAUGCUGCUCAUUAGUGGGUGUCGGCAUGCAAGAAAUUCCCGUAAUCAAGCUUCCUGUGAAAAUAGACAUCAUCAAGCAUCCAAAUGAAACAGACGGGAAGAGCACUGCAGUCCAUGCCAAGAUUCUGGCAUCCAAUGAUGUCACAAUGUACACCUACCCCUGCAUCCCUGAGUAUGAAAAAGAUAAGGUGGUGCUGGUGUUUCCAGGCCCCGGGGCUGUUUCAGUUCAAGACAUGAUCCAGUGUUUACGCGAUAGGAGUAAAAACAGGUCUGAAGACCCCUUUGAUGAACCCUGCGUAAAGAGGCUAAAAACUGAGGGUCAAACUUCCACAGAUGUUGCCAGUGACCAGUUAAAAACCCCAGAUGAAGCUAAUACAUCCGACUCAAAGGUUUACCCCUUACAGAGGGUGGUCUUCAUCGACAGCACAUGGAAUCAGACCAACAAAAUCAGCACAGACGAAAGGCUCCAAGGUCUACUCCAGGUGGAACUAAAACUGAGAAAAACCUGUUUCUGGAGGACCCAGAAAGGAAAACCAGACACUUACCUUGCCACUAUUGAGGCUAUUUAUUAUUUCCUCAAAGACUUCCAUCAGCACUGCCUGUUGCAGGAAUACACUGGAGAAUAUGAUAAUCUUCUUUUUUUCUACUCCUACCUGCACUCACUGGUCAACAAAGCUAAAACCUUAAAAGGAAAGUGCUGAUCAAAAAUGUUUGGAAAGACGAAAUCGAAGCUCCUACUUAUUGAGAAGCCCAAGUGAAGACUUGUAUAAAAGCCUUUGUCUAUGUAAUAUUAUUUUCAUCACUUUAUCAUUUUAUUUCAUAAGAAAAGCUAACUUCACGUGCACAGGAGUAUUCAAUAAAACACA